GUCCAGUCCAGUGCUGGUGUUGUCGGCGGCCAGGUUCAGCCCCGCGCCGCGCCCGUAACGCCCUUCCCUGCCACGGCUGGAGAAAAGAAAGUGCGUGUGGCGGCUUUCGUGGGGCACCGGGGGCGCGCGCGGCUCCGCGCUGGUGACAGGAGAGUGAACCGGCGGCUGGCGCUGCAGUUCGCGCGUCUUGUCGUCUGACCCGACCGUCAGUGAGACGGCCUCGGCGGGGACGGCGAGCAUGUCGCCGCGCGGGGGCGCGCUGUUGGAAAUGGCCCCGGCGGCGACGGUCACCCCGAGCCAGGGCGCCAACGGCCACGGCGUCAACGGCAACGGCGUGGCGCGGGACCAGUCGCUGAGGCUGAGGCUGGACUUCAAGAUCAGCUACGUCGUCCCGGAGAAGAAGAGCGGCAGCGGGCCCCGGGAGAUUCUGAAGGACGUGCGGGGCUGCCUGCGGCCGGGCCGCCUCACCGCCAUCCUGGGGCCGUCGGGCACGGGCAAGACGUCCUGCCUCAGCAUCCUGACCGGGCAAAGGGCGGCGGGCGUGCAGGGCCGCGUGCUGGUUAACGGCGAGGAGCGCAGCCCCGCGUCCUACCGCAACUACUGCGUGCUCAUCGCCCAGGAGAUGUCCCUGCUGAACGCGCUCACCGCCAGGGAGACGCUGCGCAUCGCCGCGGACCUCAAGCUGCCCUCCAACAAGCACUCGUGCCAGCAGCGCGACGACGUGGUGGCUGACAUCGCGCGCACCCUGGGGCUGGAGGCGUGCUUGGACACGUCCGUCGCGCACCUCUCCGGCGGCGAGAAGAAGCGCCUGUCCAUCGGCAUCGAGCUCGUCACCAACCCUCCCAUCAUGUUCUUCGACGAGCCCACCAGCGGCCUGGACUCGGUGUCGUCGCUGCAGGUGGUGUCGCACCUGCGCACGCUGGCGCUGGAAGGCCGCACCGUGGCCGUGGUGCUGCACCAGCCGUCCAGCCGCCUCUUCCGGCUCUUCGACGACGUCAUCGUGCUGGGCGGCGGCCGCUCCCUGUACUGCGGGGCCGUGUCCGAGGCGGCGUCCACCUUCAGCGCGGCCGGCUUCACCUGCCCGACGUUCUACAACAUCGCCGACUACGUGGUGGAGGUGGCGAGCGGCGAACACGGCACCGAGAUGGACGCGCUGUACAAGGCCAUCGACGCGGACGUGCAGCCCGCCCUGGAGGCCGUCGAGGACGUCCGGAGCGGGGAGGCCGGCGAGGCGGACGCCCUCGUGAGGCCCCGCGGCGUCGCCCUGGACGUGGAGGGGGCCGCGCCGCCCUGCUGCAGCGGCUACCCCGUGUCCUUCUGGGUGCAGUUCGCGGUGCUGUUCAAGCGCUCCCUCGUCGUGUCCUGGCGAGACAUGAACAUGGCCUGGCUGAGGCUGGCCGUCCACCUGAUCGUGGGGCUGAUCCUCGGCUUCCUCUACCAGGACGUCGGCAACGAGGCGUCCAAGAUAUCGGGCAACGUGGCCUGCAUCUUCUUCUUCGUCCUCUUCCUCUUCUUCUCCAACGCCCUGCCAACUGUGUUGACAUUCCCUCUUGAAGCAGCAGUAUUUUUCCGAGAGUACUCCAACAAUUGGUACUCCAUGCCGGCGUACUACUUGUCCAAAGUGUUGGCCGACUUCCCGUACCUGAUAGUGAAUCCGACUGUGUUCGUGCUGGUGGCGUACUACAUGACGGACCAGCCCACGCAGGACUUGCGUCCCGUCCUGGUGUGGUUCGUGUGCGUGCUCAUCGUGUUCACGGCACACGCCUACGGCCUGCUGUUUGGUGCUGCCAUGGGGAUGCAGCUAGCCGUCUUCUUCGUACCGGCCUCGACCAUUCCGCUCGUCUUAUUUUCGGGCUUUUUCCUCCACAUACCAGACAUCCCGUCCCUCUUACGAUGGCUCUCGUACGUGUCAAACUUCAGAUACGGAUUUGAGGGCCUGGCGGUGGCCAUUUAUGGCAUGGAUCGAAAGCCUAUGAACUGCGCCAUUCCAUACUGCCAUUGGAGGAGGCCAUCAAAAAUACUCGAAGACGUUGGGAUGCUACAUUCAAACUACUGGACUGAUGUCACAGGCCUUCUUGUGUGGCUUUUAUGCUUGCAUGUAGGAUUAUUGAUUACUCUUAAGGUUAAAGUUAUUUUAAGUAGACGAUGACCAUUGGUUUAGCAUAGAUCCAUGAUCCAUGACAAUCAUUUCAUUGGUGGCCGACUGAAAAUUAAACCAUAAGAGAAGAGCAAGGAGAUUCACUCAUUACAAACUUUGUACCUGUGCUUAGCUGUAAAAUUUAAUAAAAUACUAUUUUAAUACCUA